GCCUCCAGCGAGCAGAAGUGGGAAGGAUUGUGGGACUAUCGCAGGAAAACUACAGCUCGUGAUUGGGUAGUGGCUGUCACCCACUUAUGUAGCAAAUUAGGUUAGUGUCAGCUCCAGCGGCUCAUUUCGUGGGAAGAAUCCUUCGCCGUUUGUCACCUAUGGGCUGCUCCAGGCUUGCCUUCUUAUGUCUCCAUUGGCUUCAGGAAAAUUGCGUACAUAGCUUGAGGAAAGAGCAAAGCCUUGGAGAGGAUUCAAGCUUUCUUUGGAGAAAACUCAAUGAAAAAAAGACUUGUUUAAGAUAAAUUUUAAGAUUAAGACUUUAUAAAGGAGUAUGACCAUUGCCUAUGUAAGAGACAAAAAAAAAAAUUCUGCUUGAUUUACAUCUCUAGCUGAUGAUGUCUUCCAGAUUAAACAUAUGGAUACACAGUAUCUCUUUUAUCUUGAUAUGUGUGUUUUAUAAGUCUAUAGCAAUUAAUAAAAAUACUCUGAUGGAACUGAGUCUUCAGGAAUAUUUCAGCAUUUUGCAGACAGGCAAAACCUCCCUAGUUUAUUUUAGUCAAGAUGUUUCUCUAGAUAUUACUGUAUUUCUUGAAGAAUUGAGAAAAGCAGCUGGACCUCUUCAUAAUUAUGGGAUUACAGUUGUGAAGGUUAAUUGUGCUAAAGGAGAAGUAUCAAGAUACUGUGGAAAGGAAAAUAAUUUGACAAAAGCAUAUUUAUUCCGAGGUAAUAUAUUACUCAGAGAAUUCCCCACUGAUGCUUUGUUUGACGUGAAUGCCAUUAUAGCUAAUGCUCUCUUUGCACUUCUAUUUAAUGAAAUAAAAUACAUUACUUCAGUAGAAGACUUUGAAAAUAUAGAAAAUGCUAUGAAGGGAAAAACAAAUAUUGCCCUCAUAUAUGUGAGAGCAAUUGGAACACCAGAACAUAGAGCAGUAAUGGAAACUGCUUUUGUACAUGGUAAUACAUAUCAAUUUGUAUUAACUACUGAAGCUGCCCUUUUGGAAGGAAUGGGGGCUGCAAAUUCUGAUAUGAUAUCUGGAAGUUUUUUCUUCUUUCAUUGUAAACUUGUCUUAGAUUUGACUCAGAAAUGCCAAAAAACUCUAUUAGAACAGCCAUUAACUGUAUUAAACAUUCAUCGAUUUCUCAAGCUGAUGGAUGCACCUUUGUUGACUGAAAUUACUGAAGAUCCUGAAAAAGUUUCAACUAUUCAUCUCCAACUUGGUUUGCCACUGAUUUUUAUUAUUAGUCAGCAAAACACCUAUGAAGCUGAUAAGAAAAUCGCAGAAAUAGUCGCUUGGCGCCUUCUUGGAAAAGCAGGAAUCAUAUUACUGGACUCCUCAGAUUUGAACAUUCCUGCUCAUGCCAAUGUUAUUAUCAAAAGACCAAAAGCGGGAAUACCAAUUGACUACUUGGUUUUACAUGAUGCUAAUUCAAUAAUAUCCCUUGUGGAAAAUAAUACACCUGUCCAAAAUAAUGAGGCAGCUAAAGAAUAUGAAGAAGAUGAAAUGGAGACUCUAAAUCUAGAUAUUCAAGAUGAUCAAGUGGUUGGAACAGUUUAUAGAGACAGGAAAAGAAAUUUACCUUUGGAACUGAUAAUAGAAUUAACUGAAGAAACAUUUAACAGCAUAAUAAUGAAUACUUCUAGCAGCAUAAUAUUAUUUUAUACUAAUUGGGAAGCAGUGUCCUUAGCAUUUUUGCAAUCCUAUGUUGAUGUGGCAGUUAAAUUGAAAGGAGUAUCCAAUAUGUUAUUUACUAGUAUCAACUGUGGAGAUUGGUCUAAUGUUUGUACAAAACAAAAUAUCACUGAAUAUCCUAUUGUAAAGAUAUUUAAGGAGGGAGAGAAGCCAGUAAUUUAUACUGGUAUUCUAGGAGCUGAAUAUCUCCUGAAAUUCAUAAGAUUAAACCGAAUUUCAUGUCCAGUGAAGAUAGUGACUAUUGAAGAAGCAGAAAAAUAUUUAAAUGGGGAAUUAUAUAAAGAAUUAACAUCCUAUUCUAGUGUGUCAGUUCUGGCAAUAUUUAGCUCAAACAUGACAGAAGAAAAGGAAAAUUUCAUUGAAGCAGGAAACAGUCUAAAAGGUUUUGUCAUCACAGGAUUCUAUUCUGAAGAUGAUGCUUUGAUCCUGUCAAAGAAAUAUGCUGUGACUCUUCCAGCACUAUUGCUUGCCAAACACAAAGAAAAGAAGAUAGAUAGCAUUCUGCUCUCUAAUUCUGAUGCUAAGAAUAUAGUUCAAAUAAUAAAAAGUACAAUGUUGGGAAUAUUUCCAGAAAUAACAGUGGAAAAUCUUCCCCUGUAUUUAAAACUAAAGAAACCAUUACUUAUUUUGUUCAAAGAUGGCAAUUUAAAUCACAAGGAUGAAAAAGAGAUGUUAACCUUACUAAAGCAAAAACACCUGGAAACACUCAUCCCUUGCUGGUUAAAUCUUAAAACUACUCCGGUGGGGAAAGGAAUACUGAAAGCUUAUUUCAAGCAUCUGCCUCCACUACCAGUUCUUGUUUUAGUGGAUCUCCAUUCACAGGGCCAAGUAGCUUCAUUUCCAUUGGAUCAAACUAUAAAUGAAAAAAACAUUUUGUUGUGGCUUCAGAGAUUAGAAGGAGGAUUAGAAAGUCCACUUAUAACUUUAUCUGAUGAAGAGUGGAAACCACCCCUUCCUGCUUACAAUUUUCUGAGCAGGAUGGAUGCUACUGUUCCCUACAGAGAAAUCGCCCAGUUUCCUACAGAGAAUAUGAUUAAAUGUGCAAAAGUAUCUGAUCUACAACAGCAAAACAAGGGACUCUCUGAAGAUAAUUCUGCAAUCAGAAAGGAAGCUACUUAAUGAAAAUGAAGCACUGGAAAAGAUGUUUAAACAUGAUGUUAAUGAUUGGUGAUUUUCAAAAUUUAGUUAACUGCAGUAUUUGAGAAAAGUAUGUCAAAGGUUUUUUGACUAAUCUGACACUUGACUGUAUUACAUUAAAUAAAAAACAUAACUUUUAAAGCCCUGGGUAAAAUGUAUAUUCCUUAGAUUGUUUAUUAAUUUAACUUAUCUGGCAUGUGAACAGCACUUUGAAGGGAGAAUAGGCAUAUAGCCAGACAGAGAUUAAAACAAAUAAGCUUCAUAUAAAGAAAUGGACUCAUCAUCUAAUGACAUAUAGGUAUUUUAAUAUCUUUAAUGUCAGGCAUAAAUGCUUCAUAUCAAAAUUACAAAUGUAAACUUGCCAGCAAGUUUAUCAGUAGUCUACAUAAGUGUGUUUGUUUAUUUUGUUACACAGUCUAUAACACACUUAGAUGUUUGAAUUUACUCUUCUAGUUCAUUACUGUUGUGAGAAAAUGAAUGAGAAAGUACUUUGAGAAAAUGGAAAUUACUAAAUUAAAAUAUUAAUGUAAAGAAUAGCCUAAUUUUGCUCAAAUGCUUGUGGUAUUUCCAAACAAGAUUUCUAAAAAGCCUGGGAAACUUUUAUGAAUCUUCUAAAGACUCAAAGAUUCAACUUUAUAUAUAUUUAAAGACAAAUUUAUUUAAAAUAAGAAUAGCAAAUAAUUACUACCCUUGCUAAAUUUCAGAUAAUAGUAUAAAUGAAGCCUGUCACAUUUCUGUUUAAAAUAGACAAUUUUCAUAUGAUUUCUCUGCUCUCUGCUAUCAUAUGAUUUCAAGCAAGUAAAACUCUCUGAGCCUCUUUUUCUCUAUUUAAAAUAAUACUUGUCUAUAUCCUCUAAAUAGUUAUGAUAAAUCAGAAGUCUUACAUAUUAUAUGUCAUUUAUAUUAUGACUACUAUUAAUUAUUGGAUGACAAUGGAAAUUAGUGAAUUUUAAAUAAGAUAAAUAGUAUUGAUUAUACUAAGAAGAUAAUACACUUAAAACCCAAUCUUAGUGUAAUAGUAGCUACUAUCAUACAAAACAUGUGAAAAAUAGUUUCUGAUAUUUAGAAUACUGUACACAUAUAUGCUAAAACAUUUAAUUUAUGGAAGUACAUAAUUCCUUUGUUGGUAGUUAUUGUUAACAUUGCAUUUUACUAGAGUAAUCUUACAGAGAAGCCUAUUUUGAAAAAAUGAUGUUUCAAUCCUUCCAGAUGAAGAUAAAAUUUCCUAGCAGCAAACAGAUUGCAAAUUAUUUAUAUCAUAAGACUCUUCCUAUUUUGUUUCAGAAAAAUAAAACCCAAUAUACAAAGACAUGUUUUCAUAAAUGCAAACCAUGGAAUUUUUUUGAUAUCUUUAUGGAGAUUUUUUAAAAGUUGGUCACUGUCAUUGCCCAAAAGCCAUUAAUUACUAUUUUUUGUGUGUGAAUAUAAAGAUACUGGAAUUAUCACUAUUUAUUUACAUAAGAAUGACUAGCAAGAUUCGUUUAUGACAAUUAUCUCUAUGCCUAUUUAAGAUUAGUCUUUGGUAUUUGAAUGCAGUUUCUAUUUUCAGAGGAUGGUGUUUGUAUCUCUCGUCUCCUUGAAUUACAUUCAACAAAUCAAAACCUUUAAAA